AUGACACGGGAGCUGGAACCCCAAUUUCCGCCAACCCCCUAUGUCGAACUUGGGGAAGUCUCCCUCGAGCGGAUUACCCGCCUCCUCCUCGGCCUCCUCGGCCAAGUCAAGAACCUUGAGCGGAAAGUGGAAGAAGUCCGAGAAGCAGGGGUCGAAGCCCGUACCAACCUUGAGAACAUCUCUCAAGCCGUUGAUACUGUCAAGGAUGGGCUUAGAAGCCUCCAGCUUCACGGGCCGCGGACCCCUGAGGACACCAAGCCCCCGGCCGUGGAAGCAACGCCACGCCCCUUAUCCAAAGUCAACCCUAUUGGAUCGACUAGUUGGGUCUCAUUCUGGCCCGAAUCGUCCAAGGGGCUCCCUGCCUUUGCCCAACCCACUCCUGUACGAGCAGCACCCCCGCGAGUCCCAUCUCCCCCUCCAUCUCCGCGUCUCCAAUCCCCGAUCGGAACAGCCGCCCCUCCACCUCCGGCUCCAGUUGCCGCCUAUCCCGCCCCGGUCAAGGUUGACCACCCCGACGCCUACACAGGCAAAAUAGGGAGCAAGGCAAAGCAGUGGCUGACUAGGAUGCUAGCCUGGACCUGCCUUAAUUCACGGAUGUUCCCUACCAAUCAAGAGGUUCUCUCCUUCCUCUUGAUGAAUAUGAAGGACACCGCUGGGGCCUGGGCCCACCCUCACCUUGACCAACUUGGCUUGCACCGGGCCAUUAUUCAAACGGUUGAAGGUUUCAAACUGGAGUUUCUGGCGGCAUUUGGUGACCCUGACGCCACAAGGGCCGCCGAGCGGAAGAUCACCACCCUUACCCAGUCCGGCACAUGCGCGGACUACAUCACUAAUUGCCAGUUUGCCCGCGGCCUCCACUGGGAGGUUAGCCGCCAGAUUGCAACCCGCAAGCACCGGCCCUGUACCCUCCUCGAGCUGCAGAACGCAGCACUUGUCAUCGACAACGCUCUCCGCAAAGAGCGCGCUAGCCACCCACCAAGGGACAAUAAGCCUAGCAAACAAUCUAACCCCGCAAGGGGGACGAGUACCGGCCAGCCCACAACCGGUUCGAAGAAACUCUCUGACGACCCAAAUUUUGUGUUGGAAGAAGAACGCAACUGCCGCCGCGCCGCGGGCGCCUGUAUCAAAUGCGGCAAAAUGGGCCACAAGUUUGCGGAAUGCCGCACGGGCUGGAAAGCCACCCCUAUUGAGGAUAAGGGGAAGGCUAAGGAAACCGCCAAAAUUGGCAAAGACUCCGAGUACCAAUUGGGAAAAGAAAUAUCCCCACUUUUCACAAUUUCCAUUAAGCCAGAGAAACAAGCGGAACACUUAGAAGUCCUGAUAGACUCAGGCGCAACAUCCUCAUUCCUUCACCCACGUACUGCAGAAUCACUCCGCCUUCCCCUCAUAGAUCUCCCUUCACCCUGCACUGUCACUAUGCUCGAUGGGUCGAGCCCCCAGGCCGGAAAAAUCUGGAAAAAGGCUAACCUGACCUUCUCCCUUGAUGGCAAGAAAAUGACCGAGACCUUCCUCAUAUGUAAUACAGGGUCUCAUGCUGCCAUUUUGGGUUUGAAAUGGUUGGACGCACACAAUCCAGAAAUUGAUUGGAACGCACAAACCCUCUCCUUUCCCCAUACACCACCAGAACACGUGGCCAUUGCCGAAGAAGAGGAAGCUGAUCAAACACCCCUUGAAGGAGUACCCCCAGAAUACCACCAGUAUGCCAAGGUAUUUGGGGAGGAAGAAUUCAACAAGCUUCCCCCACACCGGCAUUACGACAUCGGGAUUGAACUCACAGAGGAAGGCCCCCUCAAUUUGCCUCUCUAUAGUAUGACCGAUGCCGAGUCCGCUACGCUCAAGGACUGGCUCAGGGACGAACUCAAGGCAGGCAAAAUACGUCCUAGCAAGUCUUCCAUCAGUUCCCCCGUGAUGUUUGUCCCCAAAAAGGACGGCUCCCGUUGCUUGGUUGUUGAUUACCGCCGCCUGAAUAACCGGACCAAAAAGAAUGUUUACCCGUUACCCCGCCCUGACGACCUCAUGGCCCAGCUCCGUGGCGCCAAGGUCUUCACCAAACUAGAUCUAAGGUGGGGUUACAAUAACGUCCGGGUUAAGGAAGGUGACGAAUGGAAGACCGCGUUCCGUACCAAGUAUGGCCUGUACGAAUCCCUUGUCAUGACCUUUGGCUUAACCAACGCCCCGGCAUCAUUCCAACAUUUUAUGAAUGAUUUGUUUAAGGACAUGCUUGAUGUAUGCGUUAUCAUAUACCUUGAUGACAUCCUGAUCUACUCCAAGGAUGACGCCACACACACCCAGCACGUUCACAAAGUCCUACGCCGGUUGAUGGAGAACCAAUUGUUCUGCAAAGCGUCCAAAUGCACCUUCCACGUCACCUCUGUGGAAUAUCUGGGAAUUAUUGUUUUGGACAAAGGUUUCAGCUUGGACAAGCUCAAGAUCCAGGCUGUACAGGAAUGGCCUACGCCCACUAAGGUUAAAGAAGUCCAGUCAUUCCUGGGCUUUGCCAACUUCUUGCGCCGCUUUGUUGCCAACUUUAGUCACAUGGCUAGGCCGCUACACAACCUGGUCAAAAAGGACACUCCUUGGAAAUGGGACAUCAAGGAACUUCCAAGGAUUAAAGGACGCUAUUACCAACGCACCCGGGCAGCACUAGGCUCCAUACUCAGCCAACGCCAGGAAGACGGUCGCCUUCACCCACUAGGUUUUCUAUCUGAGUCAUUCAAGGGCGCCAAACAAAACUAUGACACGCACAACAAGGAACUACUUGCAAUCAUCCGCUCCUUUGAGUACUGGCGUAUUUUCCUGGAAGGAACCCUGCACCCUGUUACCGUGUUUACCGAUCACCGCAAUCUGGAGUACUGGAAGGAGUCACGCACAUUCAACCGUCGUCACGCCAGGUGGCAUCUAUUGUUGGCCGGGUAUAACUUCCAAAUUGUAUACCGCCCCGGUAAACAGUCCGGCAAACCAGACACUCUUUCACGACGUUCAGACCAUGCCAACAUUCCACCAGAUGCCCAAACCAUGCUCCCCGACCCAGUUUUUGCCAACGUUGCGCUAGUCACGCCUGAGAAGGAGUUACAACGCCAGAUUGAAUUAUCCUUAGACCAAGACGAGUCCCUGGAGGAAAUCCUCCAAUUCCUGCAGAACGAGUCCAAGGCCCCACCCUCAAUCAAACGCGCCUUCAAAGAUUACGAGAUGGAAGCAGGCCUGCUAUUCUACCAAGGGCGAAUUGUAGUACCAGACGUGGGGACAUUGAGGACAGACUUACUCCGUAUAUUCCACGACAGCCCCUUAGCCGGCCACCCAGGCAGACAACGGACCUUAGAAUUGGUAUCCAGAAACUACUACUGGCCUGGCAUCCGCGCAGACACGUAUUGGCACGUGGACUCCUGUGAAACGUGCCAACGGAUCAGAAAGCCCAAGUACGCGCCUAUCCCACCUCAACCACUGGAACUUCCCGUCAAGCCCUGGCAACACGUAUCUUACGACAUGAUAGUAGAUCUGCCUAAGGACAGAAGCAACGACUCCAUCUUGGUCAUAGUGGAUAGCUUCACGAAGUAUGGGAUUUUCGUCAAAUGUUCCAAGAAGCUCAAGGCACCUGAACUAGCGGAAUUGUUCUUGGAGCACGUAUGGAAACGGCACGGUAUGCCCGAGAAAACGGUCUCAGAUAGGGGAAGAGUCUUCAAUAACAAAUUUCUGAGGGCACUGUACAAACGCCUGGGUAUAGACCCCCACUUCUCCUCGGCAUACCACCCCCAGAGUGACGGACAAACAGAACGGGUUAACCCAUCCAUUGAACAUUUUCUCAGGGCUUACUCAGGGGUCAAUCAACGGGACUGGACCAAAUGGUUACCAAUGGCGGAAUUUGCGUACAACAAUGCGGUCCACAGCAGCACAGGAAAAACACCAUUCAAAGCCCUGUACGGAUGGGAACCUACCCUGACACCUUCAAACGUACCCACAGAUGUACCAGAGGCCGACAAACUAGCCCAGACAAUGGAGGCACAAUGGAAGGAAGUGGAAUCGGCACUCCGGCAAUCCAAGCAACGCAUGACGGCCGGAGAGGAUGGAAGCCCAAUAGAGUUUGAGAUUGGAGAAGAAGCCUGGCUGGACGCCAGAAACGUCAACCUCAAAACCUUGAGUCAAAAACUUACGGAACAACGCCUAGGACCAUUUAAAGUUAUUGAGAAGAUCUCUGACUGGGCCUACCGCCUGGAACUCCCCCCUACCAUGCAAAUCCACGACGUCUUCUAUGUAGGACUCCUGUCUAAGGUCAAAAAAGACAAGAGACGCGCCUUUGAGAAUCGCCCCCCACCAGUCACAGUGGAUGGGGAAGAAGAAUACGAAGUGGAAGGGAUUACCAACGCAGAAGAACAUAACGGGAAAUGGUUUUUCCGGGUAAAAUGGAAGGGUUACGGUUCUGAAGAAAACACAUGGGAACCCCAGGAGAACCUAAAAAACGCGGAAAAAUUUUUGAGGAAAUACAAGGAGGACAUGAAAAAGAAGGCCCUCGGCGCUGCCAAGGCCCUUAGAGGGGGGGCAGUGUCGUAG